UGGUGCGAAUACUGCCGCCAGUUGCGAUAGAUCAAGCGAGGGUGUAACACGCGCCCGCUCCCACUCGUCACCUCGCCCGCCAGUACCUCCAGUCCCCCCACAACACAUGCUCACUUCUGCCUUAGUACCUGCAAGUUAUCUCGUCGUAUAAGCUGUCUCUGAGGAAACUUUGUGAUAUAUUUUGAAGACGGCUCUGUGUUAGUGAGUACAAGAAACAUUGAGGAAAACAUUGUGUGAGAUGUUGUGUAGCAUCCUCAGCACGAGUGUGUUGGGGAUGGCUUGAGUAGUGUUGGUGGGCGCUCUACGCCACCAGUGAGUGUCGAUCUAGUUUUAAGUACACGCUUCAUUGGAGGUAAUGGGUGUGAAAUGUGCUGUGAUGUCAUCGUUUGUGGUGAAGGCUGGUAGUGGGGGUGGCAUACGGCCGCACCACGCCGCCCUCCUGCGGCUCCUCGCUCUGGCCCGUCAGGGAGGCCUCUCCACACUACCCCCGCCACAGAGGCAUUUCCUGGCGCGCCUCUUACUCGCCUACAGGUCCCACUCCACCCUCACCCUUCAGCACAUGGCCGCGCUAGAGCAGCGUGUGGCCCUCCUCAAGCGACACUGCCGCCGCCACCACCACCACCGUCGGGAGAGCGCCACCUCCGCCGACCAGCGGGAAACACACAUCUUCAAGAAGCCGCUCCCGCGACCUACCCCAAAGCCACACUCGCGGUCGCCCGUCACUCACGACACUAUUGUCAAGCCAGACCCCGCCGCCGCCGCCGCCACGGCAGACGUCACGCCGCCGCGUCGCGACGACACGCUUCCGUGUGGAGACGACACGAAGCAGUGGAUCCCCGUGUCGUUCAGCAGGUGUCGCGGCCACAAGACCAGAAAUGGGUGGAAGGCGCACGGCAGGGUUGAGGGUGGUGGUAGGGUCACGGAGGAAGACCAGUGGAGGCCAGUCAGGGUGGAGAGGCUCCGCUCCUCGUCAGUCUACCACCACAUAAACUGCUCCUCCUCCUCCUACGCGUCUGCCUCACUUGUUCCUAAAGCCGCUGCUGCCGGCACUGACAGCAGACGCGGCUGCCGGCGGCGCUCAGGGCGGCGUGAGCGACCAUACUGGCGCUGCCCUCCUGCCUCAGCCUCCACCACUCAACUUACUACCCAACUCUCAAGCUCGGAUACUAGUCUAGUUACUAACCCGGCCACCAGUCAACUUACUAGCUCGGCUUCUAGUCCGGCUGCCAGUCAGAUCCCCGACUUGUCUACUAGUCCCACCACCACGCUAGUCACCAGCGCGGGCCCUAGCCCCGCUAACACAACCAGUGUUGUUGCCACUAGGUAUACCUGUCUCACCACUAGUAUAUCCAGUCCUGCCACCAGUAGAUCUACCAGUCCGGUCAUCAGCACACCUACCAGUCCUGCCACCAGCACACCUACCAGUCCUGCCACCAGCAGGCCUACCAGUCCGGUCACCAGUAGGCCUACCAGUCCGGUCACCAGCAGGCCUACCAGUCCGGUGAAGCUCACUACAUCCUCGGGUAGUGCUGCCACCCAGCGCCUGAAACUUAAACCACUGGCUCUUCUAGUAAACCCCGCGAGCACCAAUCCAAUCCGAGCUAACCCAGAACUGAGACCGUUCUUCACAAGCGUCGUGAACAGUUCAAACAGCAGUAGUCCUAGCCUGACCUUCAGACCAAUCCCCAGAGCGGAGAGCCCCACAAGCGGCUCUGGGAAGGGGCAGCUGUGGGUGCCUGCUGUCAGGUACUCGUGGGUGAAUCAACUGACCCGCAUUUUCUUGCAGGAAGGUAGCGAGGAAGAACACACCAAGGAAGCUGAAGCCACUCAAGGAGGGGGAGGAGAUGCUGCCCCAGCCUCCUCCUCCUCUUCAUCAUCUUCAUCUUCCUCCUCCAGUAGUAGCAGACAGACGCUCUCUCAUGGUGAUGGGAGCAGUGCGUGCAGCAGCAGUGUAGACAGCAGCAGCAACAGCAGCAACAAUAGUAACAACAAAGUGUCUUCACUGUCAUCACCUCAUAGUACCUCAACAGUCACAACUCUUGCCAGCACGGGCAUGGGAAACCCCUUUGCCAGAGCGACUCCUCAGGGCACCUGGGGCUCAGAGUCUUCCGAUCAUCGGCCCAUUCUGGCCCCGCCAAAACUAAGUCCACAUACAGAUUCAGGUGGACCCUCAAUAAUUCGAGCGUCGGCCUUAGGUCCAAGCAGAGUAGUUAGCUCCAUUCGUGGCACUUCUAGUCUCUUCACGCCUCCAACCCUAACUGUCACCGGUUCAUCCCCACCGCAGUCAGCCAAGUCAGAAUUUAAACUGAAACCAUCGGUGUUGAGGACUUCUAAUCCAUUUUCAAGUACUCCAACUGAUUCUGGAGAAAAAGUAGACUCGGCCAGUGGAUCAGAGGACAGAGUUUCAGGAACAGCUGCCGAACCCUUUCAAAUCUCUGGCCAACAUGUGUCUUCGUCAACUCCGAUGGCAUCCUCGCACGUAUCUCGAGCGACGUGCUCUGGGAUGAAAGAAAGAAGAGGAGCUCGUCCUCUUUCCGUUGAGCUUCACACAAACAACAGCAAUGACAGUAACACAUCCAGCAACACCACCUCCAGCAGUAGUUCAAGAAAUUUGUUUCUACCUCUCGCACGUAAUGGAGACGAUAAAGAUAGCUCUGCAAGUCCCAACCUAGGUAACAACAACUUCAUCUUUGGGCAGAACCUGCAGUCUAAAGUUGCUGGUGCGGAAAGUUCAGUCACAUCCUCAUCUGAUGCUGCAGGGACCACUAAUGGAGAGAAACAGACUACCAACCUUUUUUCAGAAGCUGCCAGUGAAAUCUCACGGUCUGCAGAUUCGGCCAGCAGCUCUGCCACUACCAAUGGCAGGCCACUUACUGGGAACCUGUUUACAGAUGCUGCCUCAGAAAUUUCUUUGCCAAAUGAGGAAAGUACCUGGACGACUGGACAAUCCCUGGAGGAGUCAUCACGGGAACUGACAGAGAAGGAGAAAAGCCAAAAACGUAAAUUUGAUCACGUAGAAGUUAUCACAGGCGAAGAGAGCGAAUCAAACGUAUUACAGAUGAAUUGUAAGCUGUACGCCUGGGUGAAUGGGUCGUGGCAGGAGAGGGGGCGGGGCAUCCUCCGCCUUAAUGACUGGGAUGAAGAAAAGGAGAUUCACUCCCGUCUUGUUAUCCGUACACAAGGAACACUAACUGUAAUGCUCAAUACUAAGGUUUGGGCAGAGAUGUCAAUUGAACGAGCAAGCAGCAAAAGUGUAAGAUUUACGGCGCUUGAUGCAGAUGGUCAGCCUAAAAUCUUCCUUGUCAUGGGCAGCCCCAAAGAUGUUGACUUGCUGUACAACUCACUGGAGUGGCGUGUGGCCACCUCGCGCUCACACGCACAUGAUGAUGGUAACACUGACAAUUCUAAGAGAGCCAGACUGGAUGAAACUGUGACUUCGUAAAAGACCUAAUAUUGAUAAGUCUUUUUCAGAGAAACUUGCAAAUCCCUUGAUUAAGGAAUAGCAUUAUUUUGAACAACAGUACAGUAGUGAAAUGUGACGAAACAAAUUGAAAUGAACCCAACGGCAAAUGAAAAUGGACUCUGAAUAUUCCUUGAACUGAACUCCCGGAUAUUGAAAAAGCUCCAGUCAUCGCUUUCAUUUUUAUGGAAAAUGCUGGUGUGUUAGCAUCCAAUAGCAGAUAUUUUUAUCGACAAUGAUAUAAAAUCAGUAAGAUUUGUCUCACAGGUGUUAAUAUUUCUCUUGUGGGUUACAGAAAUACGCUCAUAAAAGAGUUAAUUUUUAUUUUAUUAAAUGAAUAGGUAUUGUGAUCAGUGGUGCCAUACAUUAAUGACCAGUGAUGACUGGCUUGUGAUUAGCUGGUGAUGAGCAAGUAGCCACUGUUGAUAUACUCCCUGAUUACUGGCUCGUUGGUCAGCAGGUUAACGUUGAUGGCUGGCUUGUGAAUGAUUUAUGAACGUAUAGAAAUUCAUAGCUGGCUAGUGGUCAGUGGACACCUUCAGUAACCAGGUAGCCAAGUUCCUUGUGAUCAAAGUACAAAAAUGAUAAAUGUACGUGGUUGAUCAUAGUACGAAGAUGGUCGAAGUGCGAGGAUGAAAUGACAGACAUUUAUCUUUUAACUAAGCAUUUGUUUCUAUUGUUUUAUGUCAUUACGUUGCUUUUAAGUUUCAAAGGGAAAAAUCUGAAACAUUAAUAUUUGUUUUUGUAAAUGUUUAGAGCAACUUGUGUUAUCUUCAGCUGAAUGUGUUCUCAGCAGCCAUUAAGACAUGAUCUGAUAUCAGUGUUUGCUCCUAUCCAAAGUACCCGUGUCAUUAUAUUGAUUAUGUAUGUAAUUACAAAGCUGUUAUGGCAGGCAUGUGACACAGAACAAAAACCUGAUAGCAAGCCAUACACCACUGAGGAGUGGACCAAGUUGUAGGUUAGUCAUUAUUUGUGAACAAGGACCCAUUUUUUGGUCAUAUUGACCUCGGCAAAAUCAGUUUCAAGGUGGAAAUAAUACACAAAGUUUGAAACAGUAAUUUAUUAUCCUUUUUUACUAAAUACAGUGUACAGAAUCUGUAAAUGCUAAUUUAAGUAUAAAAAAUGGGGAUAAUCCAAAAAUGUCUAGGACUGCAUUAUUAGAUUUAGCAUUUGUGUGUCCACCUGACAGUAUACAGUAUUCUGAAGGAUCAUAUACACUUUUCAGUGUCCAAAUUCACUUUCCUUAAUUUCUGUACGAAAAUUGAAUGAUUUUUCCAUGUUUUGUGAUAACGACCAGGGCAUUCUCAUACACUUUAUUCAGUGAAAAGGUAGAUGGUCAGCUGAGCUCCAAGAACUUUUCCAGCUUAUGCACUCAUUUGCAAAACAAAUAUAAUUGAGACCAAAGGUAUCAUGUAUAAUUCUUUAGUUAAUGUUUAAAAAAAAAAAAAGUUUGCAAAUAGUGCCUGAAUAUUUUGGGAAAAUUCUGUAUAGCUGGUUACUUAGGAAAGUGAGCUCUCGGCUCUAUAAAGGAAGAUAAUGAAGAUAGACUCAACUGUUUCGUAAAUAUUAUAUUGGACUACUUAAUUAUAUAAUCAAAGUACAUAGAGACACUAAGUAAAAGGGUAACACAUUGUGUGUACUAUUAUGUAAACACACACACAUGGUGCAUUAAGCUGACACAAAUGUGCCACACUUUUAAAGCUGACUUGUAUGAAGUUAAUAAUUCCAAAUAUUAUGUAAACACGUACAAUCAUUUCUUGAUAUUCUUUUAAAAUUCAGCUAUAAAAAACCUUUUUCCAAUUAUCAUUUACUAUUUAAUAUUAAUUUUCCCCAGAGUAAAUACUUGUGGGAAAAGCAACAUAGAGAAGCCUUGACCAAACCCCUCAAGCACUAAUUUGACUUCUCCACCAUCCAUUAUAGGUCUCGCUGUACAGUGAAAUAAUAAACAUAUUCUGAAUGUAGAGUCUUGCAAUAACAGUUGGUAAGAGCCUA